CACUUCACCUGCUCCUUUCUCGUGCUUUCCCUGUUCGUCUCCGAGACUACUCCGACUGUCGUUCAAUCAGAGCGUGGAGCAUUCAGGAUUCACUCUCUCCGCCAUCAGGAGGGGACCGCAGCGGCUGAGGCGAUGGGACGGCCGAGGCCCAAGAGAGGAGAACGGCGGAUCGACGCCGCCAUUGACCACCUCGCCCAGUACGGCUUCGCCAAGCCCCAAAUCCGCAAGAUCAUCAACGAACUCCUGCAGCUGUAUGGGAAAGAUGGGUGGGUGUUCCUGGAGGAGGGAUCAUACCGUGUCGUCCUUGACAAACUCCUGGAAGAACAGAUGCAGGAGGAUCAGAAACAAGAAGCAGCGGCUGCAGAAGAGGCAUCACCACAAAAUGAAUCUCACUCAGCCCUUGAACUGCAAGCUUCUCCGAACAGUUCACCUCGCUUGGAAUGUGUACUGCCACUGCCUUCAGCCAAAGGACCACCUCGUGCAAGGCCUCCCUGCUAUGGAUGGAUUAGUGAAGAGUCCGGGACUGAGAGUGAACCAGAGGAUAGAGAAAUACUUUCUGAUGUACCAAAAAACGAUAUACCAAAUCCUGUGGAAACUUUGCCUUCUAAGAGGAAGCGACCAAGUAGAUGGGAUGUGCGCCCUAACUGAGAUUAGGACUAAAAUCAAAGUUGCAAGAUGGUGGCCUUCAAGGAUCAACUUUCAACUAUAUCAAGUACAUAUAUAGUUUAUCUAAUCUGGGAGCAUGGCAGGAUGAGACAAAUGUAGGAACUGAUUGGUUGCAGAUUGACAGCAGAAAACAUAUUGCUGCUGUUUGUAUUCGAGAGAAAAAGAUUUCUGCUGUUUGACAGUGUGCCCUUUAACUUAGUAGAAUUGUGUUUGGUCAUCUAUCCGAAACUUUGUGGCAUUUUCUUUUAGAAUCUAAUGGAUCAAUUUACUCAUUAA